AGGUCAGAGGUCACAGGCAUGUUCCUGUAUUCAGAAUCAGAGUGAUUCAGACGUAAACACAAGUGGCGUGAAUUAACGAAUAAAAAUGUAUUUUUCAACAAUUCUGAGGACUGUCAGGUUGCCAGUGUAUAGAAGACCACAUUGCCAAUUAUCCUGCUCAAUAUUAGGACCAUACAGUUACGGCAAUACAAGUUUCAGAGCGAAUUCUUGUUUUGUAAAGAAUUCGCCAACAAAUUUUUGCAUGAAUGGGACUGUCUCCAGAACCAGGUUCAGUUUGAAACUCCGGACGAGAGACCAAAUUUGCACUGCCUCAGACUUACACUCUGCCCAUUUGUCCAAUAGAAAUUCAUUAGUUUCCUCAAUUCAGCAAGUAAGGAUAUUCUCUAGCUCAGACUCGAUGUCUAAAAAGGAAGAAAUAACAGUUAAUUUCUUGAAUCGGGAUGGUGAGACGUUUAUAGUGAAAGCCAAAGUUGGAGAAACUCUCUUGGAUACUGUGAUUGACAAUGAUGUUGAUAUUGAUGGCUUCGGAGCCUGUGAGGGAACGUUAGCUUGUUCUACAUGUCAUCUCAUAUUCGAUGAGGAUAUAUUUGAGACUCUACCAGAGAAGCUUGAUGAGGAGGAAGAUAUGUUAGACCUGGCCUAUGGACUAGAAGAUACGUCCAGACUUGGGUGUCAGAUUAGUCUUACGAAGGAGAUGGAUAAUAUGGUUGUGAGAGUUCCAGAAGGAAUCAAUGAUGCACGGGAUGUAUGAUAUUUACUGUUUCUCGUGAAUAUAUUAUUAUCUUAGUCAUCACUAGAAUCUCUUCCAGAAGGUCAUUCUCAGAAAAAAUGUCCAAAUUCAUUGCAGAGCUGCUAAUUAGUAGGAUUUUAUCCUAUCUAGUAGGAUAUUUAAGGGGACAGUGACACCAACAAGGAUUUUUCCCCCUAGAAAUAGGAUUUUGAAACUCAUAAGAAUGGUUUGUGGUAUAUUUCUCAAAAUUUGAAAGAAAAAUAGGAUUUUAGGCUUGAAAAUAGGAUAAAAAUAAAUAAAUAGGAUUUUUUUCAGUUUGGUUGGUACCUCUGUCAUUGACCCACCCAUCUUUUGGCCUGCAGUCUCACAGUCUCGCAUGAUUUAUUUUUACAUCUUGUUUUGAGGAAUAACAACAUCUAUAGAUGGAUAGUCUUAAAAACACAUGUGCUUGGAAGCCACUGAUAUUUUAGCUUGCACAAGCAAGUUUGUCAUCAUCCAUGACAUUAACACCCCUAACAAAAUUAUUUGUAAUCUGCAUUUAUAUCUGGGAGUUGAUGGUUACUGAAAGUAGAUGUAGUGUGCGUCUUUUUUUUUUCUUCAAUAUCUGUUUUGAUUGGUGUAGGGCUGUGGGCUGACAGAUGGUUGAGCCACAACGUGCCGCACUCAACCCAGGUGAGGUAAAUCGUGGGUACCUGGCCGGAGUAUGUUUUGAAGUGCAGUGCGCGUAACAGCUGCUCUGCUAAAGCCAGGGUAGUUCUGCUGCAUUACUGUAGAGCGCUUAGAGACUUCUGAUAAAGUAAGUGUUAAAGGGAAAGUUCACCCUGACAAAAAGUUUAUUGUAAAAAAAGCAGAGAAAAUAAAAAUUAUUGCCAAAUGUUUGAGAUAAAUCCAUCAAAGAAUUAAAAAGUUAAAAAUUGUUUAAUUAUUUGCUUUGUGACGUCAUAUGCGAGCUGCAUUUCUACAUAGCAAAUGAUAAAAAAUCAAUGAAAUGUCAUUUUCUCAGAAAAUUGAUAAUGGUUUUUACUGUACCUUUUGUAUAUCAAUAGACAAAUCAUUUCACAACUGAUCAUGAAAAGAAAACAAAAAUAAGUCAUCAGGAACCAUUAAAAAAUGAAAUUCAUGCAUUUUAUAUUACAUGACAUAUGGGGCACCUGCUCCUUUAUGACUUCAAAAUCAAAAACUUAAAAUUCUAAUAACUUAAUCUUUAUCGGAUUUUCCUCAAACUGUCACCAAUAAUUUUUAUUAUUUUCUGCUCUUUUUGCAACAAACUUUUCUUCAGGGUGAUCUUCCCCUUUAAGCCCUAUAUAAGCAAGUAUAACUAUUAUUGUUAUUUUCAUGAAUUGUGACAUUUUUUCUGAGAAUGGCUUCAGAAUGAUGAACUUCACUGCUCUUCUUUAUUUUGGAGGGAGCAUUUACUAAAAUGUAACAUCCUAGACUUGUGACACUGUUUUUUUUUUUUUUUUUUUUUUUUAAAGCUAUGGCCUUCUUGUAUUCAUUUUGUCUUCUAGCAGAUGGUUUAAUUCUCUUGUUGUCAUGUACUGUCGUGGCUAAACUCAUUUGGCAUAUUAUCAGUUUGGUUUAAUUUACUGUUUGGUGCUGCUACUCAACUUGGUCCGAGUGUCAUUUUAUCUAAUACCGCGAUGGUGUCUUUGUCAAACAAAAAUAUGGUUUGUAAACAGUUCAACUAAUCAUGUAGACUACGUAGCGUAGACCUGGUGGGUGUUUCAUAAAGCUGUUUGGAAGAUAAGAACGACUUUAAGAACGACCGGUGAUCCUUUCUUUUGGUAAAUGGUAUACACCAUAGGCGAUGGUUUAGCGCAUAAGAAAGGAUCACCAGUCGUUCUUAAAGUUGCUCUUAACUUACGAACACCUUUAUGAAACGGCCCCCUGGGCCCCAUCAUGCGAAGAGUUGUAAUUGAUCCGAUCAACCACAACUAUGGAAAGCCAGCAAUGUCAACAUCUAAAGUGUUUGUUUGAAAUAUUUUCUAGAUGUUAUGUAUAAUCAUACAUUCAUCUUUUCCUUGAAAAUUCAGGGUGCUUCUCUGUUUACCAAAGACAUUUUGCAAACUUCCUGAAAAAAAACCCUAGAAAAAAUGAUGUUGAUGGAUUUCCAUAUAGAUCAAUCGCAACUCUUUAAGACAGGGCCCAGGUGUAUUUUUACACAAAUGAGUAAAGCGGUUAAUUGGAAAUCGGACAAAAUGGUAAAUGAGCUCUGUGGGCUAUAUGGCUAUUACUAAAAAUAGUUAGCAGACAAACAAGUUGUGACUAUCUGGCAUUAGACCAAAUGGAAAUUAGACAAAGUGGGUAUAUACUUGAUCAUUAGAUUUACUUGUAGAGGGCAAAUCUGCAUAUUGUGUAACUGCGUAAGAUGUAAACGUAGCUUUAUUUUUGUCAUACUUGUAGCUACAUUUCAUAGAUAUAUAGGGGUUUAUUAUUAUUUUUACAUGUAUUUUGUAUAUAGGAAUAAAUCUGCUAUCCCAAGCAUAAAAAAUGAUGAUAAGUGCAUUCAAUCUCAAAGCUUGGAAAUAUCUGAUGACGAUGUCCAUGUUAUGAUAGUGUUAUUUGUAAAAAUGAAAUGAAUUUUUUGUUUGUAUUGCAGUAAUACAAUGCACCAAUAUUCAUAAAUUAUCAUGACAUUACAUGUGAUUAUACAAGGGGGGGGGGAGGAGGGAGGGAAGGGGAAGAUAGGAUUAGUGAUUGAAAAGGCUCAUUUCUGCCUGCCUGAAGUUUGAUUGGAAUUGCCCUGUGUUUGACUCUAGUUUAUAGCUACCUCAGAUCUUCAGGAUAAUAAUAAUGCAUAUUCAAUUAUAAUAGUACAUAUUUUUAUUUGAAAUCCUAGCCCAGCAGGAAUGCAGAAGGUUUUGUUGGUAUUCAGAGCAUCAGAAAUUUAGCUAGUUUACAUGGGGGCGCUGUGGUCUUUCAAACAGAGGGACGUGAGUUCGAAUUCUAGCCAUGGCAUGUUUUCCUUCAGCAAGAAAUUUACCCACAUUGUGCUGCACUCAACUCAGGUGAGGUGAAUGGGUACCCAGCAGGAUUAAUUCCUUGAAUGCACCGAGUGCUGAAAGGCAGCUCGAGCUAAAGCUGGGGUAAUGAUAAUAACAAUGCGGCUCGGAAUAGAUUAUUUCUAGAUAGAUGGUGCUAUAUAAAUGCCUAUUAUUAUUACUAUUAAUAUGAUUUUUGUUAGAUCAAUUUGUAAUCACACAUAUAAACAGCUCUGACCAAAAAAGAAAGCAAGCAUAUUUAAAGGAUAUAAGAAAGUACACUGUAUAUUCAUAUAAUGAUAGAGUACCAGGGCUCAAAUUAACUCAAGGCCACCCAAGGCCAUGGCCUCUGAUGUCCUCAGAAAUGGAAUUGAUGCCCCUCCACUUAUUAGCAGACUGAGGGCCAAAAUAAGAGCCCCCUUUGCCCGUGGCCUUGGUGCCCUUGCGGUUAUCGAGACAGUGCAUGUGCUCCGUUGAAAAGUAUAUUUUACUAUUGAUGCCCCUUUAAAGUGAGCACCACCUUCCCUUUACCUACAGUGCCCUUUCAAAUUGGCCUUGCCCCUAGUUAUUCUUAAUUCAAGUCAUGAAAUAUUAUUUUCUUCAGUAUGCAUACUGUUUCAUACAUGGUUCAUGGUCCUUUGGCUUUUAUCAACAAUUGCUUUAGACAUGUGAUGCUCUAAAUUUGCGUAAUAUUGUUUGUUUAAAAUGGUAUAAUGGUAUGAAUUAAAGUUCAGGAUUAUGUACAGUCAACACAAUGAAUGAAUUAAAAAAGAACAGUAAAUUCUU